AAGUGUAAUAACUUUUGUAAUCUCUUUUUACAGAGUAUUUGAAGAUCUGAAGACGGAAAUUUCAAAAUCACCUUAUGCCCGAAGCAUUGACUCUUCUGCUCCUUGGAUGCUGCCUGACCUACAGUGCUUUUCCAGCGUCAUACUUUUGAACUCUUGACUCUCCAGCAUCUGCAGUCCUCACUUUCACAUCAAUGUCUGACAGUGACACUGGGACAUCGGGACUGCAACGAUUUUUGACUGUGAUUCUGUGAGAAGGAGCAAAGCGUUUGCUUCCGGCUUGAAUACAUUUUCAGAAUCAGUGGGACUGGAUGAGAGACCCUACGUUGCAGCGCAGUGAGUAUGGAGCCUGAAACAGUUAUACGGGCUGGAAAGAGGAAUUCACGGCAGGGUGGGGCUGUACCCACGUUUGUGUGCGGCUGAAGCUUUGGCCAUGGAGAAACCCGAGGAAUCCCGCCUCGAGAAGAAACCGUGGAAGUGUGGCGACUGUGGGAAAGGCUUCUGUGCCCCGUCUGCUCUGGAGACUCAUCGGCGCAGUCACACCGGGGAGAGGCCCUUCAGCUGCCCCGAGUGCAGGAAGGGCUUUACCCAGGCAUCCGCCCUGCUGACCCACAGGCGGGUCCACACGGGGGAGAGGCCUUUCAGCUGCCACGAGUGUGGGAAGGUCUUCAGCAAUUCCUUCGCCCUGCUGAGGCACCAGCGAAUCCACAAGGGGGAGAGGCCACUCUCCUGCCCCGAGUGCGGGAAGGCCUUCAGUGAUUCCUCCCACCAGCGGGUCCACACAGGGGAGAGGCCCUUCAGCUGCUCCGAGUGCCGGAAGGCCUUUACCCAGGCCUCUGCCCUGCUAAUCCACCAGCGGCUCUACACAGGGGAGCGGCCCUUCAGCUGCCCAGAGUGCGGUAAAGGCUUCAGCGAUUCCUCCACCCUGCAGACCCACCAGCGGGUCCACACAGGGGAGAGGCCCUUCAGCUGCUGUGAAUGCGGGAAGUGUUUUACCCAGGCCUCUGCCCGGCUGAGACACCAGCAGUCCCACACCAGCGGAUCCACACGGGGGAGAGGCCCUUUAGUUGUCCCGAGUGCGGGAAGUGCUUUACCCAGGCCAUCACACUUCAGAAACACCAGCAGGUCCACAUUAGCAGCAGGAGGCCAGAUGGCAUCGGUGUCUGACACCAGAUUCCGGAACCGACGUGCUCAGUACAGGAUAAGUGGGAAAGGGAGGCUGCAGUGGGUGUGGUCCACAAAUCUCAGGAGGGGAGAGCCUCUGCUGAGGGCGCAUGAGAAUCCGUUCUCAGCAUCAGUGGGACUGGAUGAGAGACCCUACUGUUGGAGUGCACGGAGUGUGGAGCCUGAAACAGUUAUAAGGCCUGGGAAGAGGAAUUCACAGAGGGGAGGAGCUCUACAUGUGUUGUGUGCAGCUGAAACUUUGGCCAUGGAGAAACCUGAGGAAUCCUGCCCCGUGGAGAAACUGUGGAAGUGUGGCGACUGUGGGAAAGGCUUCCGUUUCCCAUCUGCUCUGGCGAUUCAUCGGCGCAGUCACACCGGGGAAAGGCCAUUCCCCUGCACAGAGUGUGGGAAGGCCUUCAGCAAUUCCUCCGACUUAGUGAGGCACCGGCGGGUCCACACCAGGGAGCGGCCCUUCAGCUGCCCCGAGUGUGGGAAGGCCUUCAGCAAUUGCUCUGACCUGUUGAGGCACCGGCGGGUCCACACGGGGGAGCGGCCCUUCAGGUGCUCUGCAUGCGGGAAGGGCUUUACCCAGGCCUCCACCCUGUUGGCCCACCGGCAGGUCCACACUGGGGAGAGGCUGUUCCUCUGCACCGAGUGCGGGAAGGGCUUCAGCAAUUCCUUUGCCCUGCUGACCCACCAGCGGGUCCACACAGGGGAGAGGCCAUUCCCCUGCACAGAGUGCAGAAAGGCCUUCAACAGUUCCUCUGACAGGCUAAAGCACCAGCGGGUCCACACGGGGGAGAGGCCCUUCAGCUGCCCAGAGUGCAGGAAGGGCUUUACCCAGGCCUCUGACCUGCUGAGGCACCAGCGGGUCCACACAGGGGAGAGGCCGUUCACCUGCUCUCAGUGCGGAAAGAGCUUUAGCCGCUCCUCCCACCUGCGGAGGCACCAGAGAGUUCACAUGCCAUCGCAGGGGGUUGAAAGCAGCGACGGCUGAGUGCCUUUAUCGACUGGACUAUCAACCCAGUUCCGGGAGCUGCCAAGGCACAUGGCGGAAUUGGAAUUCGGUUAGAUUCUGAACUCCAGAUUUCUAACAACGAAACAAUUCUCAGGGAGGGGAGGGGGAACCCCCAUCUGAUUCACUCAACCUUUUAUGGGAAGGAAACUGCUGAUGUGAGAACUGCAGUGGAGCAGGAUCAGAAGACACAUCUUUUAUAGCAAAAGAUCACAGUUUCAUGUAACUGAUAGGAUAUAUUGAACAAACCUUGAUUGCUGUUAAGUCUUC